CUUUGACUCCCCUCCCCUUCCUAGAGGGGUUUGAAUUUCGUUCUUCUUCUUCCUCUUCUUGUUCUUGUUCUUGUUCUUGAUUCUUCUUCCUUCCUUCGGUUUCUGAGAGGUUUCCCUCCCUCUUCGUCUGGGCCGAGAAGAGCCCCUCCUUCCUCUUCUGUUGGGUUUCCCUUUUUGGGUUUCUUCAAAGAAAGGCGUCUUUUUUUUUUCUCUUUCUCUUCUUUCGUUUUUCUUGUUCGUCCCCGGUGGUGGAGGAUGAUAAGGUUCGGGGUGCUGGGGCUGCAGCUGACGGAGCUGUUCGUGAGCUCGGUGGUGCAUUUGCUUUAUGGGUUUUACAUAUUCAGCUCGGCCGUCGCGGGCGACCUGUCUCAGGCGUUUCGGGAAUGCCUCUUCAAGCCAAAACCGAAUCUUGACCAAAACAGGGACGCGACGGCGGCGACCAACGUUGAGAAUUUGCCUCCUAUUGUGUUGGUUCAUGGAAUCUUCGGAUUUGGGAAGGGGAGAUUGGGAGGUUUAUCUUAUUUUGCGGGGGCAGAGAAGAAAGAUGAGAGAGUUUUGGUGCCUGAUUUGGGAUCUUUAACCAGCGUAUACGACAGGGCUCGCGAACUGUUCUAUUAUUUGAAAGGCGGGCAAGUCGAUUAUGGCGAGGAACAUAGCAUGGCGUGUGGGCACUCGCAGUUUGGGCGGACCUACGAACAAGGGCAUUAUCCGGAAUGGGAUGAAGAUCACCCAAUCCAUUUUGUGGGGCAUUCGGCAGGAGCGCAGGUCGUUCGGGUUUUGCAACAGAUGCUGGCUGAUAAGGCAUUCAAGGGGUAUGAGAAUACUUCUGAGAACUGGGUGUUGAGUAUCACAUCCUUAUCAGGGGCAUUCAACGGGACCACAAGAACGUACUUAGAUGGAAUGCGGCCAGAGGAUGGAAAGACAAUGAAGGCAGUAUGUCUGCUUCAGCUUUGCCGUCUCGGUGUGAUAGUAUACGAUUGGCUCGACAUCCCGUGGCUGAAAGCCUAUUACAAUUUUGGUUUUGAUCAUUUUGGCAUUUCUUGGAAGAAAGUAGGGAUUUGGGGUCUUUUCAAUUGCAUAUUGGGAAAUACAGGCCCCUUUGCCUCUGGCGAUUGGAUCCUCCCAGACCUCACGAUUCAAGGGUCGAUGCGACUGAACAGUCAUCUGCAUACUUUCCCCAAUACAUUUUAUUUCAGUUAUGCCACCAAGAGUACUCGAAAGAUCCUCGGCAUCACAGUUCCUUCGAGCAUGCUUGGGAUCCACCCGCUGUUUUUUGUAAGGGUGCUUCAGAUGAGUCAAUGGCGGCAUCCUCCAGAUGUUCCUCCUCCUUACAAAGGCUACAGGGAUGAAGAUUGGCAGGAUAAUGACGGAGCGCUCAACACUAUAUCCAUGACUCACCCGCGCCUCCCGAUCGAACAUCCUAGUCAUUACGUCGUAUCAGACUCUGAUUGCCAACCCCUGGAACCGGGCAUCUGGUACCACAAGAUCGUGGAAGCUGAUCACAUACUGUUCAUUGUGAACCGUGAGAGAGCGGGAAUUCAGUUUGAUCUCAUAUACGAUAGCAUCUUCCAACGUUGCCGGAAGCAUGUAUUCAGAAAAUCUCUGCCAACAUUGCCGAAUAACAUAGUUGCUGAUGAUGAAUAGAAGUGGAAACUGGAAAGGAAGCUCAUGGUUGCCCAUAUUUAUAGCGUUUCUCCAACUCCGUGUCAUUCUGUCGAGUCGAUGCCAAUUUUGGCACAUCAUUUUGAUCUUUUAGUAGUGUUAGGGAAAACAGAAGCUAUAGGCAGGCUCAGAAUUAAGUUUGUGAAAUUAUUUGAAACAGGCAGAUUUUCUGGCAUUAAGUCUACAGAAAUUCUUUUUGCA